UUAGUGAGCAAUGCGCGAAGCUGAUUAUAGCGUGCAUUCAAACUUUAGAAAGACGAGUUAUAAGGGAAGCUCAUCGUGGGUGGUCCGGUGCGAGGGAACACGACGCGUGUGUGGUCUGGCUGCUUUUGUACGCUGUGAGUGCGACUGUCGUCAGCGACCGUAGAAGAUUCGAGAAGCUCCGUCCAAGCAAGACGUAGACUUUGUCUCGUGGUUAGCCGAGAUCGUCUGUGAGAACAACGACAUUAAUUCGUGAGCCCUCAAAAAUGACACUUCUGUUGGUUCUUUGCUGCGUGCUGCUUCACAGGACAUCUGGAGCUAAGAAUGAUACAGGAGAGGAUAUAGACUUGGGACCUCUACAUAUAAUCAAGGAUUCUAAUUAUUUGAUAGACAGACAUAGCCCAUAUCCUAUAGACAUGUCAUCAGACGAUAUGAAUUGUCGAAGACCUGCUAAGUGUAUUUCUCUAAACAAAACUACUUGCAUGGGUAUGAAAUUACCAUAUACCCACACUACAUUGGACCUGAUACCAGGACACAUAACGCAAAGCAUUAUAGAGGAAAGAUUACACUUGUUACAAGCUCUAAGACAUAUACCAAAGUGUUGGGCGGUCGUUCAACCAUUCUUAUGCUCGAUAUUCAUGCCGAAGUGUGUCAACAACACAGUGGAGUUGCCGUCUCACGAGAUGUGCAAGAUGGUCUUGGGGCCUUGUAGGAUGCUGCUCAAUCACACUAUAUGGCCGAGUUCUGCGAAAUGCGACGAUGACGAACUGUUUCGACGCACGUGUAAGAACGACAUCAGGGAAUUAAAGUUCAACAUAUCGGGCAAGUGCUUGAAACCUCUCGUACCCACCGACAACGUCUUGUCGAUCUUCGACGGCGUGGAGGGCUGCGGCACGCAAUGUUACGAUCCGUUAUUCACACCUGACGAGCACAAACAGAUACAUUCAUUUAUCGCGUGGGCCGCGGGCAUCUGCUGCGCCUUCAAUUUAUUUACCAUAAUAACAUUUUUGAUAGAUUGGAGAAGCGCAAACAAAUAUCCAGCCUUGGUGAUAUUUUACAUAAACUGUUGCUUCAUGGUGUCCUGUAUCGGCUGGUUAGCCCAGUUCACCUUCGGCAGAGAUGUGAUUGUAUGCCGCAAAGACGGAACGCUACGAAUGAGUGAACCAAGCGGGGAGACCUUGUAUUGCAUCAUAACCUUCAUUCUAGUGUAUUAUUCUCUGAUAGCAGCUGUGGUAUGGUUCGUUAUAUUGACGUACGCCUGGCACAUGAGUUUUCAAGCGCUAGGCAAAAUAAAAGAUCGUAUAGACAAAAAAGGUGCUUACUUUCAUCUGAUCGCCUGGUGUUUGCCGACCGUCUUGACGGUCACAAUCAUGACCUUAGGUGAGGUUGAUGGUAACAGCGUGACCGGAAUAUGUUUCGUGGGUUAUGCUAACCAUACAGCGAGGGUUUCGUUUGUGUUAGGCCCGGUGUUGGUCGGUUUAUUAGUGGGAGGCUAUUUCCUAUCUAGAGGACUUUUUACGCUUAUUAGCUUAAAAAUAAGCAGCCGAGAAGUUAUGUCUGAGAGAGCAAGUGCAAAGAUACGAGAAACCAUCAUUAGAAUGGGACUAUUCUUCAUAUUUACUUUGGCAGCAGUUGGUGUGACGUUUUAUUGCCAUAUAUACGAAUUUCUGCAUUCUUGGCAGUGGCGACAGAGCUUCAGAAAUUACAUGAUAUGCGCAAUAACAACCAAAUAUUCGGACGAGUCCGAGUGUAAAAUGGACAUAAGGCCUAGCGCAGGGAAAAUGCAGUUGCAUCUGCUUGCACCAUUUUUCGCCGGCAUACUUAUGUCUUCGUGGGUUUGGACCAGUUCGACGGUUGACACGUGGUCCAGAUUUUUGAAGAGAACGCGUCUUCUUUGCGUUUGCAGAACCUUCAAUUGCGAGACUGAAGAACCAAUAAGACUGAAGAAGCACAAAGUCAUCGCGCAAGCCUUCGCGAAACGGAAAACGUUCAACAAUGCUGGACGACUGUCUAUAAGUUUCCACAACACACACGAGGAUCCGGUCGGAUUAAAUUUCGAGCUCAACUCUGUGGCCUCGCAAGACUUUAGCUCCACUUGGGCAGCCGCUUUGCCCAAACUGGUCACACGAAGAGGCGCGUUAGUUGGAAGUACUACCGGAUCCGUGUCUAGCAACAGACGAAAUUCGGUGGAUUCUGAGAUCAGUUAUAGCUUCCGAUGUGUCUCCAUGGAAUCUAGGCGAGACUCCUUGGAUUCGCAGAUAUCCGUGCAGAUUGCGCAAGUGAAGACCACACGAAAGGUUGGCGGUCGUCCGAACGGUCGUCGUGGAAAGAACAGAAGAGACUUUGGUAAAUCUGAGAAAUCCAGAUCGAAUAAGAAGAUCGAUCCGCAUUCCAGAAGAGACAGUACCACUUCCCAAGACAGUCAGCUGGUGACAACCGGUGGCCAUGUGCCGAUUCAAAUGCCCAAUAUGGGCAGAAGGCUGGGAAACGCUGGACUGGACGAACGAGCUCUGAUUAUCGAGGAUCGUGGCUCGAAGAUUAUCGAUAUGAAAAACGCGGGUAUGCUGUUGCCCUUCUUGUUUCCGCGAAGUUGCAGUGAUGAAAAUUUAAGCAGCGAUGAGAAGAGGCAUCAGGACGCGGUGCAUGUCGAUAUAAAGGCAGAAAAUGUAGAGAAAGACGAACAGGACAGCGAUGGCGAGAACAGUCAACCGGAGGAGGAGGUGAAGAUGUUGAGUCCAGAGGACGCGCAUGAACGUAACAAAACUAAAAGCAAUAAGAACUGCAAGACGUACAGUCACGAGAAUAACAGAAGAAACCGGGAAGGCCAUAGAAGCAAAUAUGUUCUGCAGGAUGAGAUGAUCUUGAAGCACUUGCUUCAGGAGAGCAGCGACAUCAAGAUAAAAAACGAGACCGAGAAGAAAGAGACAUAUAGGAAGGCUGCAGCGGGCGAUUUGGCGUCUAGUCUCACCUCGUGUUGUCCGGAGCUCACAAGACUGAUGCAAGGAGACGGGCAGACAGGCAAUGCCCGAGAAAUGGCGACACAGACCUCGCUGCCGCUCGAUAUAUUGGAAAUGGAAGAAUUGAAGCAGAGCAUCGAUGAGAUAAUCAACAGUAGACAUUGCAGUUCUAAGGGAACUCAAAUCUCGCCGCAGUUGAAAAAAAGCAAAAACAUCGUGACGUAAAGACUGAGGACUGCCUAUUUCUCUCUUUCCCUGAGGUGUAUAUUGGGAAAUGUGUAUAUAGUGAGGUAGGUGCUAGAUAGUAUGAUUGUUUAUUGAAGCAAUCGUUGUAUAUAAAAAAAACCAUUUUUUUUUUUUUAUUUCUUCUCGUCGCUUACCUACGGUCGAUGUGGUAUCUUCUGAACGAAAAAGUGAGAUCAUGUGAUGACAAUUUUUACUAAUUAUUCGACUUGUGUACAUAGGGAACUCUGAUAUCGAGAAAUUUUAGCUAUAAUAAUGCGUGUCGAUAGUUUUGUAUAUUUUUAUUAUCGCUAAAAUAGUAGUUAAAUUAGUAUAUCUCGUUAGUCGACAGCUCGCUUCGAGUGCUAAAUAAUGCGAUGCAUUUAUACGGUAAUAUAAUUCUAAAUGUAUCAUGUUGCAAACAUCUUUCCGCUAAAAUGGAAACUAUAUUCUGUGCUGUCGUAUAUCUCUGAACGUUCGUAAGAAUGUAUCGAAUACCCAGUAAGAGAUACCUUGUUUAUAAUUUUUUUAGCAGCUGAAUAAAACUCGUUUUAUAACUCUUAAA